CUGGCUCGUGUCUGGCUUGAAAAGCCAGUUCUGGCUCUCUGAUUUCCUCUCUGGGCCGUAGACGAAACCUCUUCCUUCCUCCAGCGACAGACCAGGCUGCCAGAGGCGGGGCAGGCAAGGAAAAAGAGGAAUAAUCCUGGUGCUGGGCCCGUUGAGGUUAUCCUCUGUAAAGGAUUCCAGCGCACAGAGGACGGAGGGCUCCGGCAGCACCGCCACCUGCUAGCCAUUGCCCGUCAUGCUGGCCUGCCUGCCGGGACCCGGCGAACUCUCCUUCCCGCUGCUCUCUUACCCGCAGAUGAACACUGGACUUCAGAAAUGGGACACUACACAGAAAAUGAGAAGCGCACAGCACCCUACUCCCGCCGAGUUGGACGCGUACGCUAAGAAGGUGGCCAACCAUCCUCUGACUAUCAAAAUUUUCCCCAACAGCGUCAAGGUCCCCCAGCGGAAACACAUUCGCCGCACGGUGAACGGGCUGGAUACGUCCGGGCAGCGGUACAGCCCUUACCCCUCCUCCUCCUCUUCCUCCUCCUCCUCCUCCUCCUCCCAGGCCACCCUGAAAGCCGGCCUCCUGGCUAUUGUCCGGCCAAGGACACCCAAGACGGACAUAGCUAAUGAAGUGGUUGCUCCGGGGGCCGGCGUGCACGGGGGGCGGAAGAUGGCGGACGCCGACGCCCCGCCCAACGUGACUGUCUCUACCUCAACCAUCCCCCUCUCCAUGGCCGCCACCCUCCAGCAGCACCCACCCCCGGACCUGAGCACCAUCGUCCACCAGAUCAACCAGUUCUGCCAGGCCCGGGCGGGCGUCAGCGCUACCUCAGUCUGCGAGGGACAGAUCGCCAACCCCAGCCCCAUCAGCCGCAACCUCCUGAUCAGCGCGAGCAGCCGGGUCUCGGCCCACCACGCCCCGGGACCCCACCCUUGGCUGGUGACGCACUCCGCCUGCCUCCAGCUCCUGACUCAGAGGUAA